UGAACGCGGUAUAUGUCUGUUGUGAAAAUUGGUUUAAGAAAUCUUAAUGUUAUCAUUGAGCUUUUUUCAUUCUAAUUUUUUUUACAACUCGCUUCGUGUUUGUCUUACUAAAAGUCGCUACCCACAUAUAUGUCUUGCUACAAAAUGUUUUUCGACAUACUUAAUGCCUGGAAUUCGAUCUUGGUUCAGAAAGGAAAAUUGAUUUAUUUUUUAUUUUUACUAUAUUUAUUUUUAUAUCCGCUUAUAUUAUGUAUUGAUACAGUAUAUAACAGUAGAAAUGAAGAAGUGGCAGCAAGUUCUCUUUUUUGUUUAUAUCGUGCAGUUUGUUGUAAAAACUUCAGGUAUCUCAUCUCCAGAAAGCAGACUGCGUGAUGAUUUACUUGAAACGAAAGCUUAUCAAGGUCGUCCGGUGACAAACGUGAGCAAUCCAAUGAAAAUCAUUGUCGGAUUGGAAAUAGCACAGUUGAUUGACGUGUCCACAACUUCUCAAACGUUGGUACUUACAGGAUUUUUACGAAAGCAAUGGAACAACUCGUUGUUAUUUUGGAAUCCACAAGAUUAUAAUGGUCUGCAGACGAUCAACAUUGACGAGGUGGAGGGCUGGACACCAGAAAUUGUAAUUUACACAAGUGUGAACACCAACACUGGUUCAGGAAAAGCAUGGUCUUCGCACGACAUUAAGACGCAAGUGACGUUAAAACAUGACGGAACAACAACCUGGUUAACGCCUAUUGCUUUUAAAAGUUCAUGCAUAUUUGAGGUGGUUGACUUUCCUUAUGAUCAACAACACUGUGUGAUCGAAUUCGGUCCGUGGACAGAGGAUUCGAGCAAAGUAAUAUGCGAAGCUAGCACGCUACCAAUCACAACAUCGCAGUACGUUCCAAGUGGUGAAUGGGACAUCGAGUCAGCGAGACAAGAAACACUUAAUGUGAAAUACCCAUGCUGUGAACAUCCAUUUUCUUUGUUGAAAGUUCAUUUGCAUCUAAAACGAAAACCUCUCUACUAUCAAUUCAACUUGCUCCUUCCCUGCGUCUUUCUCGUCGUGUGCAUGCUGGCCGGACACUGGAUACCUCCUCAAUCAGGUGAGCGCAUCGCAUUGGGUAUAACCAUUGCGCUCACAUACGUAGUGAUGCUGCAUGUCACAUCAGGGUCUCUACCUCGCUCUAGCGAGACAUCCACCAUAACAAAGAUUUAUAACAUCCUUAUUUGUGAGGUAUGUCUUUCCAUAUUUGGAAGCAUCUACAUCCUCCUCUUAUUUCACCGAGGAGACGCUUAUUUAACUUGGAUACCUGGUUUCCUCGAGAAAAGAUAUUUACCAAAGAGCUUGUGGAAAUCUACGCUGAUUAGUGAAGGAAUUUAUGAAGAGAAUCCGAGCGAUGAGAAUCAAGUAGAAACCAUUCAACUAUCGUCUGUCAAUAUGAUUUUGCAGAACUACCACCGCACUAAAUUGGAGACGGAAAAAGUGCGGAAACGAAACGUCGAGCUAAGUCCAAAAGUGAAAGAUAUACUUGGCGAAAUUAAAUUCUUAAAUGAUGGAGAAUAUGAUGGAGCAAAAUCAAACCGAUUAGCUGUGCGGUCGAUCUAUGCCGCAGAGAUUUAUGAUCGAGCGUUGUUUUGGUUAUUCUUAAUUGGCUCGAUCCUCACGUUCGCUCUCAUCGCAAUAGUACACUACUAACCUAUAGCAGCACUUUCCAACCCUUUCUAUAUUGAAUUUAAGGACUCAUGCUUCAGCGAUAUUAUCAACCACAUGGCCCGUCAGUAUGGCGAAACAGUAAAUAAAAAACGUGUUACAGUAUUACAAAUUCCAUAAAAUUGACUUAGUAAAGCUGAUCACACAAAACAUUUUUAUGCUAUUUUUACGUAAAUUCUUGACUUUGUAAACUUUGAUAAAGAAAAAGCGAUUUUGUACCCUUUUUUAAUUAAAAAUUUUGUAUUGUGUUUGUUAGAAAU